UCUGGCAAUACUGGUUGGUGUUUCUAACCUUCAAAAUGUGUUGAGUAUGCAUGAUGGGUCUUAUAUAACCUCAGCAUGAAUUAUAGGAUCUAAAAUAAAAAAUUUUACGAAUGUGCAGCAGACUGCAAGUAGCGGCCGCAAGUUUCGAAUUAAUCCCUAAUAACAGGAAAAAUAAUAUUUUAAAAAGGAGAGAAUUGUAUUUGUAGAAUGACAUUUAUGUCGAUACUGAUAAAUUACAUACUUUACAUCUGAUCUUUAAUAUGUAUGUAGCGUUCAUACAAUCCUCAUUUAAAUUUAAUAUGUUGCACUCCACAAAGUCACAAUUAGCGCGACUUUACUCGACGAAACAACAUACUAGGUCGAAGAAUCAUUAUGACACAUUAAAUAUCACGCCAUAUGCCACUCAAAGUGAAGUAAAAUCCGCAUAUUACAAGCUAACUCUGCAAUAUCAUCCCGACAAAAAUAAAAGCAAAUAUGCCAAACAAAAGUUUCAAGAUGUCUCAGAGGCUUAUGAAGUGCUCAGCAAUCAUGAUCAGCGUAAAAUUUAUGAUCGAGAGAUAAUGAUACGUCAACAACCAGUAUCGACUACCACUCAGGAACCCAUUUCCGAUGACAAGCACAAAGUUUAUUCAGGAUCGUCAAGAAUUUAUAAUUUUGAUGCGUGGACGCAUGCACAUUAUGGAAAGCAAAUGUACGCAGCACGCAUCAGGAGACAGGCAUAUGAGAACAUGAAAGCAAUGGAAGAAUUAGAUACUCGUUCAAAGAAGUCUCUUCCAUAUAUAGAAUUUGCCUUGUUUUUAGUAACUCUAGUAUUCGUUGCUAUGAGUUUUCGAGAAAAAUUCGAUGUUCCAGUAUCUCAGAGACAUAAGACAGAAAGUAAAGAUAAAUGA